AUGCACCUGUUUGAAGCAAGCCACAAUGAUGUUGUUAACAUGUUUGAAACAAUGGAGACUUGGAUAUCUGGAGAUCUCGAGCCGCUGAUGCUUCAAGACGAAGACGAUAGUCUACGAUUCACGCUAGAGGAGGCCGAGAUCUUGCCCUUGGGUUGUGACCGCCCACCAACUGUCCGUGCCCUUUCAAGCAAGUUCGAUAAACAGGCCAAGAAGAUCCAUUAG